AUGUCACGAAACGUAGACGAUUUGGGUGUUCUGCAGUCCCCGAUACUAAUUGGAGGGUCGAUGGGUCUUGAUGGUUUAGUAGAGUUAUACAGUAAUUCUACCGUUGAAGUGCGAAAUUUGUUAGCCAAUGAGUGUUUAAUUCUUUUUGAAUGUCGCUCUUGCACUAAUAUAUUCCGCAGCCCUGUCAACUAUUUAACUCAUAAACGCGCUUAUUGCCGUAAUUUACACGCAUCUGCUUUGUCGGCAUUUAGAGCUAUAACACUAGAAUACGCUCGAAGGAUACUGGAAGGUAAAAUCGUUAUCACUGAAGCUCAAAUUGAAAAAAGCAAGAACGAAGGAGCACAGCAACCAAACAAAGGAGAAGCAGGAACAUCGUCAGAUACAAAAACCGAUGCGCAGCCAACAAAGCGCACUAAAGGCAUUCUGAAACGAACGAAUUUGGUCAACGUUGUUAACAAACGCUCGAAACAUUAUGCAAUGUCUCUGCCGAACUCAGAACAUAAAUUGGAACUACAUACAUUGCCACGCAUUUCACGAGAUGUAGCGACAACGACAUUCGUCGAAGGACAACAGAUUUUGGAGUCGAUCCCACUUGCUUUGAUAUCAACCGACUCUAUUCCUUCUGAUCGCGUACCAGUCAUUAUUCCUCAGGACAAUUCUAGUCGGUACCGAGAAAUGAAUUUGCGAAAUCGUAAAGGUGAUAGUUCGAAAAAUGGCAUCGCGCGAAAAGUAGGGUCUGAAGAAAUCGUUAAAGAGAGUUUGGAUUGCUUAGUAACAACCGUUUGUGAUGAUAUCGAGAAUUCUUUGGUGUCAGAAAUAAUUACUGAGUCAAAACCACAACUUGAACAAGAUGAUAAUGCAUCAAAGUCACAAGCACGUCCAAAAAGACGCCGUCAAAGUAAAGAGAAAGAGCAGCCAUCGAAAGGGAUGCCAGUAGUUUUGAAGAAGAAAAAUCUCUCUCUACUCACUUCGCGUAAACGUACUCUACCUAAUGAAGUGAUUAGUCAAGAAGCUGGAUCAGACAAGGACGCCCAAGAAAGUGAUGGGGAGGAAAAAAGAGAAACUGUGUUACCAAAAAAGCGUGGCAGAGGACGCAAACCGAAGUCAAAGGUUGAUCAUCCAGUAAAAAACGAUAGUGAAAAAGAUGACUUCAGUGGGAACAGUGAUGAAGCUGAAGAAGGUGGCCGUAAACAACGUCCUUCGCGCCAGCGUCGUAAACCAAAUUGGAUUGAUGAGAACUAUGUGACAGGAUUCAAAGUUAUAGUAAUUUUUGUCUACUAUUUGAUGUUUGUCAGGAACAAACGUGCUCGCCGUGAUGAUGAUGAUGUUGAUUAUGAUUUUACACAAAAUAAGGGACAAAGUCGACCAUCAUCGAGAGCUGGAUCAAAGUGUGCAAAAAGUAUAGACAGCAAUAGCCAGCGCUCAACACCUGUUGAAUCUUCUGGUGUCAUUCCCGGCGUUCCGUCAGAUGUUAGCAGUGAAGAAACAUCAAGUUCAUCGAGUCCUGCACCACAAGAAGACACGUCGUUAGUUUUGCUUAUUGUUGCCUCAACCAAAAACAACGUAUUUGAUGAUACUACUGUACAGUCGUCGCUUCAUUCUUCAACUGUCUCCGAAUCACAUGACUCCGAAAAUAACGGGGAUACAGCUAUCAAAAGAACAUGUCGUUUGCAAUAUACUCCAAGAGCACGAAGGAUGAAAUAUGGAGAGGACUUGUCGUCUCUUUUUGAUGAAGAAGAUCCACCUUGUACUUCAUCAGCUGAUGUGGCGGGACCAUCAAAUUCAGAGGGAGGAAAUUCAACAUCAAAUGAAGCACGAUCACAGUCACGUAGGAAACAAGAUCUUUCGACUAUUCGAGAAAAUAAUGAUGAAGUUAUGAUUGUUCGCUUUUCAAAUGGUGAAGCUUCCCUUCCAAAAGAUCUCUCUGAAAUUCCCGUCUAUCUUACUGAAACGCAGCGGGAUUUGUUUUUCUCCUUUAUUCAUCCUGCCUCACCCUCAAGCGAUGGCGCCUCAAGUGUUCACAAAUGUAUGCAGUGCGGUGAAAUGAUCGCCAACAUAUCAGAAGGAAGACGGCAUGCUGUCAGUCAUUUACGCAUAAUGCGUUUGCGCUGUGCGUUAUGUAAUUGUGGUUCAUUUUUCUGUUCCGAUAUGCGAACCCACCUGCAAUACAGACAUUGUGAAAAAUUGUAUCUAGCACCCAAAGGCUUUGUUUUACCAGGCAAUAUCGUACCAUGUAUGACACAAAGACAAGCUGAUGAUCUUACACGAGUAGUGGAUCCAAUGAAACCAGGUCGUGUGAUGUAUACAUCUGGAAAGAUUAUCAGCUCGACGAAUCCAAAACCAUAUUAUCCAGACCCAGUUAUCGAGUCUCGAGUUUUGGGUGCUCUUUUGCCAGAGAUAACUUCCAGUGAUGAACAAGUUGAAAGUGUACCAACUUCUAGCAAAAAUUCAAAUAGUGGCAGUAGUAGACCAUUUUGA